AUGCGACCCAAAGUCCCGAUUCUCAAGCCAGUCGUCUGGUGCGUCACUGCCAUUGGCACAAUCUACUUUGGACUGGCGGCGUUCGAGGUUCGUCGCGAGAUCAAGAACUACACCAAGUACGGCUUCAACUCAAAGCCCGACUCGUAUGACGCGUUGUUCGCGGCGAGCUAUAGCAGAAAGCAUCAACAGAGUCAUCGCCAGGCCGUCAGUGUCUCUCCGUUCGACCUUUGGAGCAACCUCUCCGAGACGCAAAAGGUCAUCUUGGCCAAUAUUGCCUUGAAUACCGGCAUUUACGCCGCUACUUCCGUUUCAGGACCACACACUCGGUGGUACUUUAGCCACAUACCCAUUACUGGGCGAAACUACACCAUGCUCACCUCCAUGUUUGGACACCUCUCGGGAAUGCACCUUUUAUUCAAUAUGUACUGUUUAUACAGUUUCGGGCCGGCUCUUGCGCGUACGUCUACAUUUCAAGAUAGCGCACCUCACCUUGCGGCCUUUUACCUCUCUGCUGGAAUCCUGUCGAGUCUGGCAGCCCAGAUCGAGGCGAGAGUACCGUCUCGCCGUUUCUGGCGUGGCUCUGGCGCCAGUGGUGCCAUUAUGGCCUUCGUCGGCGCAUUUGGCAUGUCGUUUCCCCAUGCGCAGAUUGGCAUCAUCUUCGUCCCUGGAUCGGUGGAUGCGCAACUAGCCCUGAGCUUGAUGGCGGCGUUUGAGACGUAUGGACUCAUCUUUGGUAUCCCCUACCUCCGUUGGGGACAUUCGGUGCACUUGGCCGGCUUGGCCAUUGGCGCGGCCUAUGCGCACUUUGAUGGAAAUGGCAAGAUAUGGGAUGCCACGAAGAGAACCGCCUUUAACCAGAUGCGAAGGGUUGGUAUGGUAUAA